CAAGAGAACAAAGCUUAUCUGAUGAAGAAAAAAUUCUUUUAGAUUGUACAAGUUCCACUAUGAUGCAAAUAGAUAGCAUAGACAAAAAGCAACUCCAGGAAAGUAGUACAAAUAUUAAUGCUAAACUAUCUCAUAUAGAAAGUGUAAUUAGGCAAUCGACCACUGCACCCAAAUCAACCAAAAUAGAAAUUGAAACAAAUAUGAAGGACUUUUUGACCUCUAACAAAAACAGAAUUAAUCUGACUCCCAUGGAAAUUACACAGGUAGCUCCAACUUUAAAAAUUAUCAACACUAUUAGCAAUAUCAAAUUAGAAUCUCAAGGCAAUCCUCAUAAGAAUAAUGGAGACGAAUAUCACACAGGGAGAGGGCAAUUAUAUCCUCCUGCUAAAUAG